UGACACGCAUAACUGCAUAAAUUAAGAUGGCGACUUGCUGAAUGAAAACCUGCCCUUGUGAGACUUUCUUCCAAAAUUUCGUCCUUAUGAAGAAGAGAAUUUGGCCUCAAACACAAUAUGUCGGAAAUAAAUACCAGUGACCUAACUCCUGAUGAACUUCGGAGGGAACUUGAACGUCUGCAGACCGAGUUACAAGAAACGACCCAAGAGAAGGUGCAGGCUGCAGAAUAUGGUCUCGCCGUUCUAGAGGAGAAAGAACGCCUGCGACAGCAGAUAGAGGAGGUAGAGGCACAGUAUGAAGCCGUAAAGCACGAGCUCGAUUGCGCUAAAGAGGCCCUUAGCAAACACCAGGACACCUUUCGAAAGCAGCAGAAAUCUGGAAUCCACCAUGAAGACACGUUUCUACAGGAAGCUGCCUCUCGGGAAGAAAGCUACAAGUCCACCCUUAUUGAGUAUGAGACUGAACUCAAAACAUGCAAGCAGGCAAUCGAGCGCUUUUCUUCAGAGAAUGAGCGCUUGAAUGCAGCUCUGCUUGAGUGUCAACAACACAAUGACAGUCUUGAGGAACAGCGUCGGCAGAUUAAGAAUGAGAUCCGCGAGUACAAGAUUCGAGAGAAUCGGAACUUGGCGGAUUAUGCCGAACUGGAAGAUGAAAAUAUCAUGCUGCAGAAACAGGUUUCUCAACUUAAGCAGAGCCAAGUAGAGUUUGAGGGCAUGAAGCAUGAGGUGAAGCGACUCCAAGAAGAGGCUGAUGACCUAAAUGUGCAGUUGGAUGAUGCUGUAAAUCUAAAAAAAAUUGUGGAUAAAAAUUAUGAAGAAGCCAUAGCAGCACUUCAACAUGAGAGAGAACAGAAACAUGCACUUAAGAAAGAACUGGACACCAGGCUGAAUCAGGAGUCCAUGUUUAAUCUGAGUAACCUGGCUCAGCUUGGAGGACUGACAGAUGGAUUACCACGCUCAGUGAACCAUGAUAAUGGAGUUGCCCCUGAUGAAGACGAUAGCGAGAACCCUGCUCUGAGGCGGAUUGAAGCAGACUUCAAAAAGGAUGACACCAAGUCACCUGUCAAACCUGGGCCAGGAAAAGUUAAUGAUAUACUGAGUGAGAUUCAGGAGAAUGAAGUGAAAAAACUAGAACAAUUACUGGAGCAGAGUGAAUCAGAAAAAUCAGAACUUCAGAAUGCUUUGGAGGAGGCUCAGAAACUCAUUGAGGACACUCAAAAGGACCUCAUCGAGCAAAAGAGCAGAGCAGAUCAACUCAAAGCGCAGAUCUCCUCAGUUAUCAGCUCUCCAGAGUCUCCAGGUGUUGAUGACUCAUUGGAUGAACUGAUCGCCAAGGAGACUGAUCCAGAGAAGAAGGCACUGUUAGAGAUGAAGAAAAACUUGGUUUCUAAUGAGCAGAAAUACUCAACAGCUUUAUCCGAGAUUACCCACUUACAGAGUGAAAUCAGUAAACUGCAGGAGAAAGGGCACAGUGGUUCUAUGCAGGGAAACAAGGAGUUUGACAGUGCAAUUGAUGACUUAAGAAGUAAAUGUAACCAUUAUGAGGAGCUGAUCAAGGAUUUGGAGAAGGAUCUGAAAACAAUGACAGUAGCUGCUGGGGAAGCACAGGGAAGUCUAAAUACCACACAGGACGAGCUAGUCAGGACCACUGAGGAACUGGCCCAGCUUUAUCAUCUUGUAUGUGAAGUAACAGGAGAAACACCUAGCAGGGUUAUGUUAGACCAUGCAAAGGCAUCAUCACAACUCUCACGGCAAGAGAAUGGUGAAGAAAAAGAAAGUGAAAACCAAGACGAGACCUCACCAAAGACCACUAAAAAAUCAAAAUCCAAAAAAGACAUUUCUGGUAGUGAAAUUAAGGGUGAUCCUAUCUCCUGCUAUAAACUUACUGAGACAAUCAUUGAUCAAGUGAAAUAUCUCAGGCGAGCUGUGGAACAUCUCAUGGAGGUAUCUCGACAACGUGGCGAUGACUCAGAAAGUUCUGAUGUACUAGAAUUACAGGAACAAAUAGUGAAACUCAAAGCCAUGUUGUCCACAAAGAGAGAACAAAUAGCAACACUGAGGAGUGUUCUGAAGGCCAACAAAUCAACAGCUGAAAUUGCUCUAGCUAAUCUCAAACAAAAGUAUGAAAAUGAGAAAGUGAUAGUGACAGAGACCAUGAUGAAACUCAGAAAUGAACUAAAAGCACUCAAAGAAGAUGCUGCAACGUUUGCCUCAUUAAGAGCCAUUUUUGCCCAAAGAUGUGACGAGUACGUAACACAGCUGGACGAACAACAGCGACAACUGAUCAGCGCAGAGGAGGAAAAGAAAACACUGAACUCACUACUGCGAAUGGCAAUCCAACAGAAACUGACGCUGACUCAAAGGCUGGAGGAUCUAGAGUUUGAUAGGGAGAGGCGGAGUCUUAGACGACAAGAUGGGGGUGGAAGGGGGCGGAGUAAGACGGCGUCCAAAGUAAGUCACUCCCACAACUCUUAUCCUGACGAGCGGCCCGGGGGUGUGAGGUCUUAUCACCAUAACUACAGGCGUGACUAUUAGUCGCCUGUUUGCGUGCUAACUUGAAUCCUCAAGGAAAAGAAGUGAAAUUUCCUGAGAGACGCCAGUACCAGAACAGAUCUGCUGAUACCAGACGCAGGGGGAUGCUAAAUACCCCGAGGGCUUCAAAUCUAUCCUGAAAGAACUUCUUCCUCUUAUGGUGCACACAGAGAGAAAGAGUGAAGCUUAAAAACUUAUUUCAAAGCUACAAAAUACAUUUCUGUGAUAAUCGUCUGGUAGUCAGCAUUGCUUAUACAUGUAAAUCAUUGUUUUAAAAAAAAAGCUGCAUUUUUACCAGUGUUUUUUUUUUUUCAGCUUACAUAUGAGCAUUGAUAUAUAUAUAACCUGUGUAUUGUGUCAAUUGAUUUGUUCUGUACAGAAUCUUUAUUAUGUUGCCAAAGCCUGGUCACAGAUUGUGGAAGUGGUGUAUGGUAAAGUGGUGGUGCCAUUUGGUGGUGCCUUUAAAGCGGUGCCUGUCUCCACAUGAAGCCAUUCCAUGUACAGGAAGUUUGUAAUCAAUGUACACCAUAUGUAUUCAGUAUUCUAGUAUAAUAUAUAGUCAUUUUCUAAUGGGUGUUCAUAUUGAAAGCAAUGAUUUGUAAUCAGGUUGCUGUAGCAACCAUGUGAGAAUUAAAUGUGUUCUGCAUGAAUUGUAAAUGUUUGGUUUCACGGGUAACCAAUUUUUUUUUUAUUUGCCAAGACACUGGUUUUUCCUCUAACUAUAUGCACAACUUGUGCUUAAAAACAAAUUACCAUGAAGAUAUUAAAAUGUGAAUGUUUGGAAAUGUUUACUUGAUGUUUUCUGUACCUUGAAAAUGUAAAUUAGAUGUAUUAUUGUAUUUAUUCAUUAUAAAGCCACUUUGGUAAAAGGUUGUAAAUUUUAAUCUUAAUAAUCUACUAAAUUCCAUGGACUAUGCAAGAACAACUGACUCUAGGAUCAACUUUUGCUGUUUAAGCUAAUUUUGCAAUUAUCUAUACAUGUACAUGUACAAAAUAUUUUGUUGUAGUAGUACCAAUGGAAUGGAUUUCAGUAAUAUAUUUUAAUUUAUUUCAAAUUGAAUUUUAUUUAUGAUAUAUUUUACUUUGCUUGGAUGAAGCAUCUUAGUAAGUAAUGGUGUACGACUGUGAUAUUUUUUCUUUUAAAAACAUGACAGAUUUUUCUAGAACUUUGUAUAACUUAAUUGGUACCAGCAUGUUUGUGGCUUUAAAUCUUUGUAAAAAAAAAUUGGGCUGACACAUAUCAUCUUGCCAUAUUUAAUUUAGUCUCUAUCUUCAGGACUAUAUAAAAAGGUACAUUUAGUGCUGACUACAGAAUUAUUAUAUUACAAACAAAGUCCAAGUCAUUUUCAAAAUACAUGUUAUUCUUUGAAAGCAAAAAGUAAACUACAGUUGAUAGGGUAUUUACUUAUAAAAAAAAGUUAAAGUAACCAUACCCAGACACAGUUCAUGCAUCAUUGUAGUCUUCUAAUCAAAUUAAUUAAAGUAGUUUUAAUUCUAUAGAAAGUCAUUUUAAUCAUGUAUUUAAGAUUGUUACAGGCCAGAUUAUGUGUUUUGUUAAAGAUCUGCAAUAAAAUACCAGUAUCAGUA